UCACACUUUCUGCAAUUCCAUGUUCUGACUUCUGAGAGAACCACCUCGGAAUCACAAAAAAAUGUCUUUCAAUUCGAUUCUGUGGUGUCAUCCAAAACUGAUUCUUCUCACUGCUUUGUUACUGUUUGCUUCUUCUCUCUGCACUUCUGCAAGUGAAGGUGAACUUGUUGGAACAACGGUUUCUGGUGGCAACUUCUUCACCGUUUCCAGCUUCAGCUACCCUGAGACGACUAUCAAGCCCUUUGAUUUGCGCUAUAUCCGAGUUGAUAUACCGCCAUCGUUUUCUGCUGUGUCCAUAGCAUUGAACUCAGAUGUAGAUCUUGAUCUUUCAAGGGUCGAUCGAAUUCCAAAAAGCUCACUGCCAAUAAUAUGUUUCAGAGAUGGCAGCCCUCCUCUGCCAGAUGCCUUAAACACAACUCUGAAAGAUUCAGUUGUCUCAGGAAUAAAUGAUCUUGAUGUGGAGCAGUGCUUUCCUAUGCAGAAGAAUAUCACUAUGAGAUUGACAAAUGAACAGAUAUCUGCAGGCGCUUGGUACAUUGGUCUAUUCAAUGGCAUUGGAGCGACAAGAACACAAUCAAAGAUGAUUAACCGAGGCUCAUCAUACUCCUUCAUUGCUAAUAUAAGUGUGGAAGCAUGCACGAAUUCAAUGAUGAAGGGGGUGUUCUGUAAUAGUACAGUCUAUCCACUUUCAUGCACAUCGUCCAAUGUCUUUAAAUAUUAUGAUUUGGAUGCUACAGAGGUGAAGAAGCCGAUGAUGGAAAAUGCUCUGACCUGCAAAAAUAACUUCGAAACUUCGUGUGUUCAGGAAGGCGUACCACAGUUCUAUUCUUUGGAUAUAACAAAUAUGGCAGAAGAAUUGACCAUUACAGCAGCAAAUAUCAGAUUCAACUCUACAUCUUCAAAUAGCACUUCUAGUGCAGAUGAUUUGAAGUUAAUGUGUUAUGCUCGCCAUGGUGCAAUUCCUUCAGAGACUUCACAUGAUUAUUCCAGUGAUUUGAGUAAAUCCCCUCUUGUUAUUCGUGCUCCACAGAUUGGUCGUCUAUACAUUAGUAUAUUACCGGUUAAUCUGGCAAAAACAUUAGAUGGAACUCAGGAUGGCAAUGCCAGAGUUUGCUAUUCAAUGGAAACACAAGUGGUUCAGUGCCCUCUUGGUAAAGCUGGACCGAAUUGCACAAUGGAUAGCUACACACUUCAGACAGUCCUAAGUAGAAUUCCAAUGCCAUUCGAAUCAUAUUAUUUACCAGUUGGUGAGGUAGAAAUGGCAGAGUCGGCAAAUUUUCCUCUUGAGCCACUUUCAAACAACACAAUGAACCAAGGAGGAACUGAUAACAUUUGGACUUACUUUAUUUUGGACAUUCCUCGUGGUGCAGCCGGACGAAAUAUUCAUGUACGGCUAUCCUCAGAUGUGAAGAUUAAUUAUGAAUUUUAUGCUCGAUUUGGUGGAUUACCUUCUCUUGAGAGUUGGGACUAUUAUUAUGCUAACAAGACAAGGAAGAGCGAUGAAUCGGCGUUUUUCAUGCUAUAUAGUUCAAAAGAUGACAAUGUUGAUUUUUACAUUAUUUAUGCUAGAGAAGGAACAUGGGGUUUUGGUUUAAGACAUCUUAAUGCAAGUGGCAAUUCUUUGAAAGCACAAACUGCCAUGUCUAUUUCACUUGAAGGAUGCCCGAAACAUUGCUCUUCUCAUGGUGAUUGUAGAUAUUCUUUUGAUGCUAGCGGAUUGACAUCAUAUAGCUUCUGCUCUUGUGAUCGGAACCACGGGGGCUUUGACUGUAGCGUUGAAAUUGUAUCGCAUAAAGGGCACAUAGUGCAAUCGAUUUUUCUCAUUGCAUCGAAUGCAGCAGCAAUGCUUCCUGCCUAUUGGGCCCUUCGGCAGAAGGCAUAUGCAGAAUGGAUUUUGUUCACUUCGAGUGGAAUUUCGAGUGCGAUUUAUCAUGCAUGUGAUGUAGGCACUUGGUGUCCCUUGACCUAUAAUGUUCUUCAGUUCAUGGACUUUUGGCUUUCUUUCAUGGCCGUGGUUAGCACUUUCGUGUACUUAGCCUCGAUCAAUGAAACACAUAAGAGGGCAAUCCACACAGCUGUUGCUAUCUUUACUGCACUCAUGGCCGCAACCAAGGCAACCAGAUCUUCGAAUAUUGUUCUUGUGUUUGUGCUCGGAGCUAUUGGUCUUCUAAUCGGCUGGUUGAUAGAGGUCUCAUCAAAGUAUAGGUCCCUUUCAUUUUCUUUCAGAUUCUCACCAAGUUUCCCUCAAAGCUUGUUAACUAUAAAGGAUUGGCUCUAUAAGCUUGUCAUGUCGCUUUGGAGGCGGUUCCAUUGGGGUUUCGCAUUGGCCGGUUUCAUCGCAUUAGCCAUGGCAGCAACAAGCUGGGUACUUGAAACCAGUUCAACCUACUGGAUAUGGCAUAGCUUUUGGCAUGUCACAAUAUACACAUCAUCUUUCUUCUUUCUUUGCUCAAAAGCAAGUAAUGUGGAUGCAGAGGAGGAUCAGCUACCUACGACGGAAAACUAUGCGCUGGCUCGCCGGGACUCGUUUUCGAGAAGCGAGUCUUAAAAUUUUGGUUGACACAAACAUGAUAGGGGAAUUGGAAUCAGAAAUCAAAACUGAAGUGAACAUUGAGGCAAAAAAUGAGAGCAAGUUAUCAACAACAGGUCAUAGCCUCUUGUAAAUUCUUUACCUCACAACAAAGUUUUGAGUUUAUCAUGAGAUUAAAUCUUAGGAUUUAAAAUUCAUGUAUAAGGUUUAUUGGAAAAAUUGUAUAGAGAACUAAUCUUAGAUAUAUAUUUUUUUAGUUUUGAUUUUUACCCCUCAUAUGACACUUACCAUUAGGAAUUUAGAAUUUUUAUAUAUAUUUUUUCAUAGCAGUAAAUAUUUGAGGCUUAAGGCAUGAGUUUGUAUAGUGAAAUAUUCCAUU